CUCGAGGGUCCUGAAUUGAUGAUUCAUAUGGGUCGGUUCGUCCAUUCUUGCGCCGUACCCGCUGUCGGCCUUAUCGCAUGCUGUCUUUGCUGCGUUCGUACAGCCAUGUCAACCUAGUUCCUUGGAUUCUCGAGGGUUCUGGAUGAUUUCAUCGGAUGAUCUACGUGUGUCGGUUCGUCUGGUCUCUCCUAUCCAUUACACCGUACCCGCUGCCGGCUCUAUCGCAUGCUAUCAUCGCCCUGCUCGAACAGCCAUGCCAGUCUAGUUCCCUUGAGUUCUCAUGUCCUGGAUUGUUUUCAUUGGAUGAUCCACGUGUGAAGCUGACUUCGGCCCUUUAUUAUUUACCGCCUUUCUGGAUUUUUGCUUCAGUGCUUUGUAGGUUUCUUUUGGUUGGGUGUUUCCUGAGUGUGUUCUCUCUUAUCGAUCGCCUGCGGCUCGUGCGCUGUAUUCGCUGACCGGUCACUUGUGUUCGCCGAGUGGGCCGGUAUUUUAAUCUCUUUCACCGUAUCCGCUGUCGGCCUUUUCCAUGCUGUCUUCGCCGCGCUCGAACAGCCGUGCCAGUCUAAUUUCUUUGGAUUCC